AUGUCUGACUUGGUGCAAGAGAUUGCCGACGUGCCCAGGGAAUUCUUCAAGGAGGGGACUCAGUUCAUUCACAGAUGCACAAAGCCCGACCGAAGAGAGUUCAUCAAGAUUUCACAGGCCGUAGGAAUGGGUUUCCUGAUCAUGGGCGCAAUCGGAUACUUCAUCAAGCUGAUACAUAUACCGGUGAACAACGUUUUAGUGGGAUGA